CCUUCCCCCCCCCAGGUUUGUGUCUUGCCCUCUCGCGUUUCCUCUGCGUCUCUAAAUAUAUUGGGGAGAACGCCUACCCCUGCGCGCAUCCCCGUACCGGUCCACGGGUCUCCUAAUCACUCACUCGCCUCACCCACCAGCUCGAGUCCUCGAAACCCCCGAACUCGCGAUAUUUCCAACUUAGAACGACGUUUGCGCAAUUUCGUCCGCUUGCACACCGGCCACGCCCUUUGUCACUCCUUGGAAACCGCUCCCCUAUCUGUUCUCAGGCUCUGCUGCUCUGUUCCGUUGGCUUGGUCCGACUUGGUGUGUGGAGAAUUGCCUGAUACCCCUGUUCACAAUUCUGUCGUCACCACAAUGAGGCUUCGUGCCCAACGAGCACCGGCGCUGCUUCUCCUCCUCCCCACACUACAUGCCCUUGCAACUACCAUAUUGACGGCGUCCGAGGAGAAGCAAGUCGCUCGAGCCGCCGUCCUCCCCGAAUAUCCCGCCCUCAGCGCACUUCCGUCCCCGUCCCCGUCACCAGCGUCGAAAGCUACCAAAGAUGCGCCAGUUGAUGGACUCGAUGGAAAGCCCCAUGAGGGGCCAUACGUAGAAGGCAAGCCUACAGUGCCCAAGAAACUGCCCGUGGGCGUGGAAGAGAUUCGGCCCGGAGCGACCCGCAUCAGCUCAACACAACAACUGACAAAGGAGGAAUGGAAGGCUUUGGGCGGAGAGGGGGACGGUGUGAUGGAUGAUCCAAACAGAGCGUCCCCAAAAGGAAACACUGGGACUGAAGGCGGGGUCUCUGCAAAGGACAAGGAUAGAAUCGAGCAGGAGACCAAGACCGGAGGGAAGGUCGAGAAAAUUCCAGACCCACCCAAGGAGGCGCCUCCAUUGCCUCACGGGGAACAGGAACGACUCAAGGAGAAGGAACCAACUGAGACAGCAUCUAAAAAGCUCGGUGCGCAGGGGUUGGAGAAGCCGACGGAUCUUCCCGAUACACCUCACGACAUCCCCCACCCAGUCCCCCCCUCCGUUCCCAAAGAUGACCCUCUAGGCACCACCCCUCCAAACAAGAUUUCCGAUUCCGACGACCUUUCCGACGACGACAAUGACGACCAAAACGGUGUCAUUCAGCCAUUCCAUUCCUUCAUCCUCUCCCUGACAAUGAUCAUAUUCUCUGAAAUUGGCGACAAAACUUUCCUUGUCGCUGCUCUCAUGGCCAUGCGCCACUCCCGUCUUGUCGUGUUUACCGCUGCAUUCUCGGCACUCAUCACCAUGACGGUUCUUUCUGCGGUGCUUGGUCACGCCGUACCCACCCUGCUUCCCAAGCGCUUCACCAGCUUCGCCGCUGCCGGUCUAUUCCUUGUGUUUGGCGUCAAGCUCAUGCGUGAGGGGCUAGCUAUGAGUCCCGAUGAAGGUGUUGGAGAGGAGAUGAAGGAGGUGGAGAUGGAGCUCGAGGAGAAGGAGCACCUUGCCCGACGCAACAGUCGCAGGAAAUCUUCCAUAUCGCCCUAUGUUCUCGAAUCUGGUCGUGCCAGACGGUCAAGGUCGAACUCCAGACUACCUGCACCUGCUCGGAGCCCUUCUUCUUCACCAUCACGCUCUCCCUCUCCUCAUGGCUCCACCCUUUCGACUAUUGUGAUUGGGCUCAACAAUUUGUUCUCUCUACUGCUUAGCCCUGCUUGGGUACAAACCUUCAUUAUGACUUUCCUUGGGGAGUGGGGUGAUCGCAGCCAGAUUGCCACGAUAGCCAUGGCUGCAGGAGCAGACUAUUGGUGGGUAACUGGCGGUGCUAUCUUUGGCCACGGCAUGUGUACUGCGGUAGCAGUUCUGGGAGGCCGUGCAAUUGCUGGAAAAGUCAGCAUGCGCAUCGUUACCUUGGGAGGCGCAAUUGCAUUCCUGGCGUUUGGCGUGAUAUAUCUCCUAGAGGCUAUAUACUCAGGAUAACGAAACAUAACACGGCGCAUCUGGAUCACACAACUUCACGUGCUGUAUUCUUUUGUAAUUCGCGGACGGCUUGCACGCACUGCACUUCAAUCUUUCCACUAUGUAAUAGUAAUUGUAUCCCGACGGCAUGGAACGGAACGGCUGGAAAAUGGGUCACAUGGAGUUCCUGGGAUUGCAUUGAGAUCGGAUCAGCGAUUUUGUUUCUUGUGGCAUAUCGGAAUAGUUCUAUUUGCUGACAGGAAAUGAGUGACCUGUUGUGUGACGUGAGCACGGGUAUGGUGGUGGAAGGUACCUUGCAUCCAAGAGUUGUCUACCUACAAUAAUGUAUU